AUAAGGUGCAGAAACAUCAAGGGUCAGAAAUCAACAAACAAGCAUAACACAAUUUGCAAAAUAAAAUUUGAAAUAAAAAUCCUUCUAUCAAAAACGUUAUCCAAGGAAGAGGAAAAGAGCGCAUAUUCCUAAAACCAAAUUUACAAAACUAAGAGAGAGAAAGAAAAAUGGCAGGAGCUAUAGGAUGUGGUAUGAGGACAGUGAUACUUGGGGCGAAGAAAUCGUCAGUUUUUAUGGGUGGUUUUCCGGUGAAAACUCCGGUGACAAGUGUAUGUUUUCUGGCGAAAAAUAGCCGGAAAAGUGGAGUGGCAGCUUGUACGACGUCGUCUUCAUCGCCGACAACAAGGAAACCAAGAGGAAUAAUGAAGCCUAGACCAAUUUCACCUGUUCUUCAAGAACUUGUUGGUGCUCCUGAAAUUUCUAGAACUCAAGCACUUAAGGUUAUCUGGGCCCACAUUAAAGCCAAUAAUCUUCAGGAUCCCAAUGACAAGAAAAUCAUUGUAUGUGAUGAGUUGCUGAAGAAAAUAUUCGGCGGAAAAGAACGCGUGGGGUUUCUCGAGAUCUCUGGAUUGAUCACUCCACACUUGCUGUAGCUGUCCAGUACUGCCGACUGCCGAGCAAGGAACCUACAUAAUAUCUAUCUGGUUCUGUUAGUGUUUAUUAGAAUAUGGAGCUGCAAAGUCUUUGGAUUAGAUGAGGCUUUAUGGAUCUGAGCAUCAUUUUUUGAAGUUUUUGACUUGGAACUCAGUAGUACAGUAGUAGUAUAUUUGCUACUCAAGGUUGCUUGUGUCUUUUCCAGACAAUGAUCAAGGGAUUUAGGGUUCAGAAGAUGAUUAGAUGCUCAAAGUUUUCAGUUCAGAUUAUAUAAAUCUAAAAAAAUGUCAUUACUAGUUAAGUUUUUAUUUUUAA